GAAGAUGAUCUGCAGGAUCCUGCUGCUCCUCAUCCUCACCUCAUGUGUCUCUGGAUCAUUUGUAGUCAAUGUGACACAGACCUCCUAUCAGGCAGAGGAGAACCACAACAUCACACUGGAGUGGACGUUCACCACCAACCCUGACAGAUCCAUCACUUCACUGAAGAUCCUCUGUACUCUGAUUACUCUUCAUAAGCUCUCAGUCCUGUAUCGUGUUCAUGGAGGUGUUGAGGUGUCAGAGUCUCAGGAUGCAAAGUUUUCAGGACGAGUCCAGAGUGACAAAGACGCCCUCAGAGAAGGACGAAUCAGACUUCAACUGUCCAGACUCAGGACUGAUGACUCGGGUCUGUACCUGUGUGAGGUCAACACUGAUGAUGGCUUCAGUGUUGGAAGAUGUCGACUCAACGUCACUGCAGCUGCUGAUGAGCCCAAACCUCAAACUCCAACAGUGAACCCACAGACAGAGAGUCGAGGAAGGAUCGGCCUCCAUGCUGCUCUCAUACUGACAGCAGCUGCUGCAGCUCUGCUCAUCACACUGUGCUUGAAAAACAACAAAAAAGAAACACAAUCAUCAUGUAAACAGUCUCUGAGCAGCGUGCUCACCUCGACUUCUUCCUCUGAGUCUCAUCCUGCUGCUUCAUGUGACUGAGGAGCUCCCUGAACUCCACAGAUCCACAUGUUAACAGCUGGGUCUGCAGUGGAAGCUUUGUGGGAGCAUCAAGCUCAGUGUGAGCUGAGAAACACUGUCUGCAGUCUGCAGCCAUCAUCA